AUGUCUGUUCCUGAAUUCUCCGGUGCCGGAACAACAAUCGGCGGGAAAAACAGCAGAAAAAACACAGAUGUUCUCUCGUUGGAUUACUGUACCUUUCGUAUUCCAUGUGAAGAAUUACGAGUCAAAUUUAAGAAUGGUCAAAAGGAUCUCGACAAAGCUGCGGCCAAUGUUGCUAGAGCCGCUGAACUGUUAACAAAAAAGACAUCCGGUGCGAAUCAACCAGUACCACAAGAAACUCUCCGAAAGAACUUUGAUUUUCUUUUGAAUCAAGUACAAGAAGCUAGAAAAGCUUUAGAAAAUAUACUAGAAGGAGAAAUUGGGGAGACUAGUAAGAUUAUUCAAAGAUGUGAACGCCUUCAUGAAGAAUUUGAAGUUGAUGAAAAAACACAUCCAAGGCAACAAGAUAGAAUGGAACGACAGAAGUUUGCAAGAUAUAUAUGUUGGCAUUUAUUGAGAUGUGGAAUGAUCGAACCAGCACGAGAGUUGGCUAAACAGAUGAAUUUAGAAAGUCUGAUUGACAUAAGCGUCUUUGAGAAAAUCUACGAAGUUGAGCAAGCUCUACAUGCUCACGAUACAAAACCAUGCAUUGAAUGGUGUCAAUAUCAUCAGAGUAGACUUCGUCAAAUCAAAUCUCGAAUGGAAGUUGUGGCUCGUCAGCAGGAGAUUAUAACACUCAUCGAGCAAGGGAAUAUUCCUGAAGCUGUCGCUUAUGUCAAGAAAUAUUUGGUUCCGAUUGCCAAAGCAAACUUUUCUGAUGAUUUGAGAAAGACAAUGGGUGCAAUCGCGAUGCCACUUGAAGAAUCCCGUGUGCGAAAUCCCGAUUUUCACGACGAGAAACGAUAUGAAAAGUGUGCAGAAUUUUUCAUAAAAGAGGCUUAUCGUCUAUAUCAAAUCCCUGAUGUUUCCGCGUUAUCAGUCAUAGUUCAAAUGGGAUUGUCAGCUCAGAAGACGCCAAUUUGCGAACCUGAUCAUAAAACGCCGUUGAGUGAGCAAACCUGCGUCGUUUGUCGUCCAGAUGUCUGGCCACUUGCUGAAGGACUUCCAUAUGCCCACGUGGAUAAUGCUCGAAUUCUGUGUUCAUUUAAUGGAACUGUGUGCAAUGAUGAUGAGAACAUUCCAUAUCUGUUUCCGAGUGGUCAUGUCAUCGGACUACAAGCCAUCAACACAUUAAAACGAGAUGACAACAAAAUUUGGGAUCCAAUAAUGAAAAAAGAAAUUGAAGAAACCGAGAUCUUGAGACUAUACUUCAUGUGA